AUGAAUAAAGUACUCAGCAAGUAUUACAUCGGAUCAGUCCAAGAGGAGCCCACUGCCGGAGGAUCAGUCCAAGAGGAGCCCACAGCCGAAGGAUCAGUCCAAGAGGAGCCCACUGCCGGAGGAUCAGUCCAAGAGGAGCCCACAGCCGAAGGAUCAGUCCACGAGGAGACCACAGCCGAAGGAUCAGUCCAAGAGGAGCCCACAGCCGAAGGAUCAGUCCACGAGGAGACCACAGCCGAAGGAUCAGUCCAAGAGGAGCCCACUGCCGGAGGAUCAGUCCAAGAGGAGCCCACAGCCGAAGGAUCAGUCCACGAGGAGACCACAGCCGAAGGAUCAGUCCAAGAGGAGCCCACUGCCGAAGGAUCAGUCCACGAGGAGCCCACAGCCGAAGGAUCAGUCCACGAGGAGACCACAGCCGAAGGAUCAGUCCAAGAGGAGCCCACUGCCGGAGGAUCAGUCCAAGAGGAGCCCACUGCCGGAGGAUCAGUCCACGAGGAGCCCACAGCCGAAGGAUCAGUCCACGAGGAGAACACAGCCGAAGGAUCAGUCCACGAGGAGCCCACAGCCGAAGGAUCAGUCCACGAGGAGCCCACAGCCGAAGGAUCAGUCCAAGAGGAGCCCACUGCCGGAGGAUCAGUCCAAGAGGAGCCCACAGCCGAAGGAUCAGUCCAAGAGGAGCCCACAGCCGAAGGAUCAGUCCACGAGGAGACCACAGCCGAAGGAUCAGUCCAAGAGGAGCCCACAGCCGAAGGAUCAGUCCACGAGGAGCCCACAGCCGAAGGAUCAGUCCACGAGGAGACCACAGCCGAAGGAUCAGUCCAAGAGGAGCCCACUGCCGGAGGAUCAGUCCAAGAGGAGCCCACAGCCGAAGGAUCAGUCCACGAGGAGACCACAGCCGAAGGAUCAGUCCAAGAGGAGCCCACUGCCGGAGGAUCAGUCCAAGAGGAGCCCACAGCCGAAGGAUCAGUCCAAGAGGAGCCCACUGCCGAAGGAUCAGUCCAAGAGGAGCCCACUGCCGAAGGAUCAGUCCACGAGGAGCCCACAGCCGAAGGAUCAGUCCACGAGGAGACCACAGCCGAAGGAUCAGUCCAAGAGGAGCCCACUGCCGGAGGAUCAGUCCAAGAGGAGCCCACUGCCGGAGGAUCAGUCCACGAGGAGCCCACAGCCGAAGGAUCAGUCCACGAGGAGAACACAGCCGAAGGAUCAGUCCACGAGGAGCCCACAGCCGAAGGAUCAGUCCACGAGGAGCCCACAGCCGAAGGAUCAGUCCAAGAGGAGCCCACUGCCGGAGGAUCAGUCCAAGAGGAGCCCACAGCCGAAGGAUCAGUCCAAGAGGAGCCCACAGCCGAAGGAUCAGUCCAAGAGGAGCCCACAGCCGAAGGAUCAGUCCAAGAGGAGCCCACUGCCGGAGGAUCAGUCCACGAGGAGCCCACAGCCGAAGGAUCAGUCCACGAGGAGCCCACAGCCGAAGGAUCAGUCCAAGAGGAGCCCACUGCCGGAGGAUCAGUCCAAGAGGAGCCCACAGCCGAAGGAUCAGUCCAAGAGGAGCCCACUGCCGGAGGAUCAGUCCAAGAGGAGCCCACAGCCGAAGGAUCAGUCCAAGAGGAGCCCACUGCCGGAGGAUCAGUCCACGAGGAGCCCACAGCCGAAGGAUCAGUCCACGAGGCGCCCACAGCCGAAGGAUCAGUCCACGAGGAGACCACAGCCGGAAGAUCAGUCCACGAGGAGAACACAGCCGAAGGAUCAGUCCAAGAGGAGCCCACUGCCGGAGGAUCAGUCCACGAGGAGCCCACUGCCGGAGGAUCAGUCCACGAGGAGCCCACAGCCGAAGGAUCAGUCCACGAGGAGACCACAGCCGAAGGAUCAGUCCACGAGGAGAACACAGCCGAAGGAUCAGUCCAAGAGGAGCGGACUGCCGGAGGAUCAGUCCAAGAGGAGCCCACUGCCGAAGGAUCAGUCCAAGAGGAGCCCACUGCCGGAGGAUCAGUCCACGAGGAGACCACAGCCGAAGGAUCAGUCCACGAGGACACCACAGCCGGAGGAUCAGUCCACGAGGAGGCCACAGCCGGAGGAUCCGUCCACGAGGAGGCCACAGCCGGAGGAUCAGUCCACGAGGAGGCCACAGCCGGAGGAUCCGUCCACGAGGAGACCACAGCCGAAGGAUCAGUCCACGAGGAGAACACAGCCGAAGGAUCAGUCCACGAGGAGCCCACAGCCGAAGGAUCAGUCCACGAGGAGCCCACAGCCGAAGGAUCAGUCCAAGAGGAGCCCACUGCCGGAGGAUCAGUCCAAGAGGAGCCCACAGCCGAAGGAUCAGUCCAAGAGGAGCCCACAGCCGAAGGAUCAGUCCAAGAGGAGCCCACAGCCGAAGGAUCAGUCCAAGAGGAGCCCACUGCCGGAGGAUCAGUCCACGAGGAGACCACAGCCGGAAGAUCAGUCCACGAGGAGAACACAGCCGAAGGAUCAGUCCAAGAGGAGCCCACUGCCGGAGGAUCAGUCCACGAGGAGCCCACUGCCGGAGGAUCAGUCCACGAGGAGCCCACAGCCGAAGGAUCAGUCCACGAGGAGCCCACUGCCGGAGGAUCAGUCCAAGAGGAGCCCACAGCCGAAGGAUCAGUCCAAGAGGAGCCCACUGCCGGAGGAUCAGUCCACGAGGAGCCCACAGCCGAAGGAUCAGUCCACGAGGCGCCCACAGCCGAAGGAUCAGUCCACGAGGAGACCACAGCCGGAAGAUCAGUCCACGAGGAGAACACAGCCGAAGGAUCAGUCCAAGAGGAGCCCACUGCCGUAGGAUCAGUCCACGAGGAGCCCACUGCCGGAGGAUCAGUCCACGAGGAGCCCACAGCCGAAGGAUCAGUCCACGAGGAGACCACAGCCGAAGGAUCAGUCCACGAGGAGAACACAGCCGAAGGAUCAGUCCAAGAGGAGCCCACUGCCGGAGGAUCAGUCCAAGAGGAGCCCACUGCCGGAGGAUCAGUCCACGAGGAGACCACAGCCGAAGGAUCAGUCCACGAGGAGAACACAGCCGAAGGAUCAGUCCAAGAGGAGCCCACUGCCGGAGGAUCAGUCCAAGAGGAGCCCACUGCCGGAGGAUCAGUCCACGAGGAGAACACAGCCGAAGGAUCAGUCCAAGAGGAGCCCACUGCCGGAGGAUCAGUCCAAGAGGAGCCCACUGCCGGAGGAUCAGUCCACGAGGAGGCCACAGCCGGAGGAUCCGUCCACGAGGAGGCCACAGCCGGAGGAUCAGUCCACGAGGAGGCCACAGCCGGAGGAUCCGUCCACGAGGAAACCACAGCCGAAGGAUCAGUCCACGAGGAGACCACAGCCGAAGGAUCAGUCCACGAGGAGACCACAGCCGAAGGAUCAGUCCACGAGGAGACCACAGCCGAAGGAUCAGUCCACGAGGAGACCACAGCCGAAGGAUCAGUCCACGAGGAGACCACAGCCGAAGGAUCAGUCCACGAGGAGACCACAGCCGAAGGAUCAGUCCACGAGGAGAACACAGCCGAAGGAUCAGUCCACGAGGAGACCACAGCCGAAGGAUCAGUCCACGAGGAGAACACAGCCGAAGGAUCAGUCCACGAGGAGACCACAGCCGAAGGAUCAGUCCACGAGGAGAACACAGCCGAAGGAUCAGUCCACGAGGAGAACACAGCCGAAGGAUCAGUCCACGAGGAGCUCACAGCCGAAGGAUCAGUCCACGAGGAGACCACAGCCGAAGGAUCAGUCCACGAGGAGACCACAGCCGAAGGAUCAGUCCACGAGGAGACCACAGCCGAAGGAUCAGUCCACGAGGAGACCACUGCCGGAGGAUCAGUCCAAGAGGAGCCCACUGCCGGAGGAUCAGUCCACGAGGAGACCACAGCCGAAGGAUCAGUCCACGAGGAGACCACAGCCGAAGGAUCAGUCCACGAGGAGACCACAGCCGAAGGAUCAGUCCACGAGGAGAACACAGCCGAAGGAUCAGUCCACGAGGAGAACACAGCCGAAGGAUCAGUCCACGAGGAGAACACAGCCGAAGGAUCAGUCCACGAGGAGCUCACAGCCGAAGGAUCAGUCCACGAGGAGACCACAGCCGAAGGAUCAGUCCACGAGGAGACCACAGCCGAAGGAUCAGUCCACGAGGAGACCACAGCCGAAGGAUCAGUCCAAGAGGAGCCCACUGCCGGAGGAUCAGUCCAAGAGGAGCCCACUGCCGGAGGAUCAGUCCACGAGGAGACCACAGCCGAAGGAUCAGUCCACGAGGAGACCACAGCCGAAGGAUCAGUCCACGAGGAGACCACAGCCGAAGGAUCAGUCCACGAGGAGAACACAGCCGAAGGAUCAGUCCACGAGGAGAACACAGCCGAAGGAUCAGUCCACGAGGAGCUCACAGCCGAAGGAUCAGUCCACGAGGAGACCACAGCCGAAGGAUCAGUCCACGAGGACACCACAGCCGAAGGAUCAGUCCACGAGGAGCCCACAGCCGGAGGAUCAGUCCACGAGGAGCCCACUACCGGAGGAUCAGUCCACGAGGAGGCCACAGCCGGAGGAUCCGUCCACGAGGAGACCACAGCCGAAGGAUCAGUCCACGAGGACACCACAGCCGAAGGAUCAGUCCACGAGGAGCCCACAGCCGGAGGAUCAGUCCACGAGGAGCCCACUACCGAAGGAUCAGUCCACGAGGAGGCCACAGCCGGAGGAUCCGUCCACGAGGAGCCCACUACCGGAGGAUCAGUCCACGAGGAGGCCACAGCCGGAGGAUCCGUCCACGAGGAGACCACAGCCGAAGGAUCAGUCCACGAGGAGACCACAGCCGGAAGAUCAGUCCACGAGGAGAACACAUCCGAAGGAUCAGUCCACGAGGAGCCCACUGCCGGAGGAUCAGUCCACGAGGAGCCCACAGCCGAAGGAUCAGUCCACGAGGAGACCACAGCCGGAAGAUCAGUCCACGAGGAGAACACAGCCGAAGGAUCAGUCCACGAGGAGCCCACAGCCGAAGGAUCAGUCCACGAGGAGACCACAGCCGAAGGAUCAGUCCACGAGGAGACCACAGCCGAAGGAUCAGUCCACGAGGAGCCCACAGCCGGAGGAUCAGUCCAAGAGGAGCCCACUGCCGGAGGAUCAGUCCACGAGGAGACCACAGCCGAAGGAUCAGUCCACGAGGAGCCCACAGCCGAAGGAUCAGUCCACGAGGAGCCCACAGCCGAAGGAUCAGUCCACGAGGAGCCCACAGCCGAAGGAUCAGUCCACGAGGAGACCACAGCCGGAGGAUCAGUCCACGAGGAGACCACAGCCGGAGGAUCAGUCCACGAGGAGCCCACUACCGGAGGAUCAGUCCACGAGGAGACCACAGCCGGAAGAUCAGUCCACGAGGAGAACACAUCCGAAGGAUCAGUCCACGAGGAGCCCACUGCCGGAGGAUCAGUCCACGAGGAGCCCACAGCCGGAGGAUCAGUCCACGAGGAGCCCACUACCGGAGGAUCAGUCCACGAGGAGGCCACAGCCGGAGGAUCAGUCCACGAGGAGCCCACUACCGGAGGAUCAGUCCACGAGGAGGCCACAGCCGGAGGAUCAGUCCACGAGGAGGCCACAGCCGGAGGAUCCGUCCACGAGGAGCCCACAGCCGGAGGAUCAGUCCACGAGGAGGCCACAGCCGGAGGAUCAGUCCACGAGGAGCCCACUACCGGAGGAUCAGUCCACGAGGAGGCCACAGCCGGAGGAUCAGUCCACGAAGAGCCCGCAGCCGGAGGAUCAGUUCACGAAGAGCCCACUACCGGAGGAUCAGUCCACGAAGAGCCCGCAGCCGGAGGAUCAGUUCACGAAGAGCCCACUACCGGAGGAUCAGGAGCCGUGAAUCGGAGGAAUACACGAGGAGCGCGUUGGGCGCCCGAUAUAGAGCAUUGGAACUUUUGA